AUGACCCGACGACAGGGAGAUGACGAGGAGGACGCCGAGGCACCCAUGUCUCAACACUUUGGCUCGCCUGACGGUGCUCAUAAGUCAGAGUACCGUAGAACACUCUUCAAACUAGGAGCAUCAUUCAAACUAGGAGCAUCAUUCUUCUUGUUUGGGUUGAUCAACAAUGUUCUCUAUGUUAUCAUUCUCUCUGCCGCAUUGGACCUUGUCCCCCCAUCCACCCCCAAGGGUAUAAUUGCAUUCUGCAACAUCUUCCCAGCCCUCGUCGCAAAGCUUGGAUGGCCGUACUUGCUCAAGGGACGGAUACACUACGUACGCCGACUUAUUGGAUGCACUGCCAUCAGCGUCGGGGGCAUGUUGGUGGUUGCCCUCUUUGAUACCCUGUACAUGAGACUGCUGGGGAUAUGCUUUGCAUCCUUUUCGUCUGGUCUUGGCGAACUGACAUUCUUGCAGCUCUCUACACGAUACCACCCGCCAACAGUCGCGGGCCACAGUGUAGGCUAUUUUGCAUCAGGCACUGGAGGCGCCGGUCUUGUCGGUGCAUUCCUUUGGUGGGAACUCCGUGGGCUAGGUGUGCGUCUCGGAGUCGGUCUUUCCUCAAUUCUACCCUUCGUCAUACCGAUAGCGUACUUCUUUAUCCUCCCCCGCCCAGACAGGUUCGCUCCAGAAUUGGCCUACGACGACGAGGCGGACGGGGAGCCUUUGGCUGCAUCCUACACGCGACUGCCUAACGAAGCUGACCAAGACGAUUCCGUCGUUAUGACGGAGUCGGAAGCUACUGUCACUGCACCCAUCGCUUUGUCGAUCGAAGACAAGUGGAGGCUUGCGAAGCCGAUGUUAACGAAGUACAUGCUGCCCUUGUUCUGCGUCUACCUGUUUGAGUACACGAUCAACCAGGGCAUUGCUCCGACGCUCGUCUACCCUGUCCCUGGACCAGACAAACACUGGCUCAUGAGCAAGAUCAUCAAGUCCAUCCGCGACUACUACCCACUCUGGCAGCUCGUAUACCAGACGUCGGUCUUCCUCUCUCGAUCGUCCAUCACGCUUGGCCUGCCCGCACUGCCGGGCAGGCUGCUGUCCGCCCCGGCGAUCGUCCAGGGCUUCAUCCUCACCACACUCGCGUUCGAGUCGGCAGUGGGCAUUUUCGGCGACGAGCACGAAGGCGUGAGCUUCGCGUUGGUGUUCCUCCUCAUCAGCGUCGAGGGCAUCUGCGGCGGUCUCGCCUAUGUGAACGUCUUCUACCGCAUAAACCAGGAGAAGCACGACGCCCCGGGCGCAGACGCGGAGCGAGCGAAGCAGGAGCGCGAGUUCAAGAUCGGCUCGAUCGGCCUGGCCGACUCGUCGGGCAUCCUGAUGGCGUCCCUGCUCGCGGUCCCGACGGAGAUCGAGCUGUGCAGGGCGCAGGUGGCCCGCGGGAAGCUGUUCUGCGAGAGCCUCUGAGUCGAGCUAAUGGGCUGUGCAUUUGGCCGUUUUCGCGAUAGGUGGCGUGAGUUUCUUGGGUGCAGUGAAGUUAGGCUAUGGUGUACUGUAUAUACUUGGAAGCACAGGAGCCGAUAAUAUGUCCGGUGUUGCGACCUCUUAACCUGUGAGAGCUUCACAUCCUAUGGAACCACUGAU